UGCGGCGGCUGGCCCUGGAGGAUGCUGCUGGCCCGCGCGGCUGGCGGGGCUUUGCCCGGCCGGCGAUUGGUCGGCAGGAGGGGCGUGAGGGCGGGGAGAAGGGGCGGCUCCCGGCUGCAGGCGGCGGGUUCGUGCAGCCUGCCGUGGACACGGGCUGCUCCUGGUGGCAGUUGUCACUGUGUCUUCCUCCCAGGACCAGCUCGUGUGUGAGCAGGAUGGAGGCCUUUGACAUCGAUGCCCCCCGGUGGGACCAGUGCACUUUCUGGGGGCGGAUGAAGCACUUCUUCAAUAUCACAGACCCCCGCACCGCCCUGGUUCCCGAGCGGGAGCUCGACUGGGCCAAGAUGAUGGUGGAGAAGAGCAGGCUGGGGGUGGUACCUCCAGGCACGCGCCCGGAGCAGCUGCUGUACGCCAAGAAGCUGUACGACUCGGCCUUCCACCCAGACACCGGCGAGAAGAUGAACUUCAUGGGGCGCAUGUCCUUCCAGGUCCCGGGGGGCAUGAUCAUCACCGGCUUCAUGCUCCAGUUCUACAGGACCGUGCCGGCGGUGGUCUUUUGGCAGUGGGUGAACCAGUCUUUCAACGCCCUGGUGAACUACACCAACAGGAACGCCGCUUCCCCCACGUCCGGCAGGCAGAUGGCCCUUUCCUACAUCACAGCCACCACCACGGCGGUGGCCACUGCUGUGGGCAUGAACAUGCUGACAAAGAGAGCGCCGCCCCUGGUGGGCCGCUGGGUGCCCUUUGCUGCGGUGGCCGCAGCCAACUGCAUCAACAUCCCAAUGAUGCGACAGCAGGAGCUGCUCCAGGGCAUCUGCGUGAAGGACAAGAAUCAGAACGAGAUCGGUCAGUCUCGGAGAGCGGCAGCCCUUGGCAUCGCUCAGGUGGUCAUUUCUCGGAUCACCAUCUGCGCUCCUGGCAUGAUCUUGCUGCCCAUCAUCAUGGAGCGGCUGGAGAAACUGCGCUUCAUGCAGAGAGUGAAGACGCUGCACGCCCCCUUGCAGGUCCUGCUGUGUGGGUGCUUCCUCGUCUUCAUGGUGCCGGUGGGCUGCGCGCUCUUCCCCCAGAUAUGUGAAUUGCCAGUUUCCUCCCUGGAACCAGAACUCCAAGACACCAUCAAGGCCAAGUACGGGGACACCGUGCCUUACGUCUACUUCAACAAGGGUCUCUGACUGCCCUCUCGCCCAGACUUCAGCCCCGCCUCCUCUGCAGCCCCUGGGCCUUCCCCUCUUUCCUCUGGCCUCAGGGCUGGGGCUCAGCCUUCGCCCUGGCCUCUAGUCGAUUGGACCUCAGGGGAUAAAAGUGAAACUGGGCAAACAGCUGCGGUCUCCUGUCUGCUCCUUGCUUUGCUCCCCUCCCCCGAGACCCCUGGAGACUCCUCAGGGCGGAGGUGCUGGAGACUGGGGUGGUCUGUAAGCUUUAAACCCCUGGCCAAGGAGGAACCCUCUGGGGUUGGAGCCGGAGUACAGCGCCUAGGGCGCUUGCCUUGCACGUAACUGACCGGGGUUCAAUUCCUGACAUUCCACAUGGUCCUCGAGCACCACCAGGAGAGAUUCCUGAGGUCAGAGCCAGGACUAAACCCUGAGUAUCACCAGGUGUGGCCCAAACACUAAAAGGAGGAAACCUUUGAGAUUUCUGGCUCUAGCUGGAGCUUGGCUUCAGCCUCUUCUCUUGCUUUCUCUUCUCUUGCCUUUCUCUCUCUCUCUCUCUCUCUCUCUCUCUCUCUCUCUCUCUCUCUCUGUCUCUCUGUCUCUCUCUCUGUGUCUCUCUCCCUCUCUCUCUCUCCCUCUCUCUCUCUCCCUCUCUCUGUCUCCCUCCCUCUCUGUCUCCCUCUCUCUCUGUCUCUCUCCCUCUUUCUGUCUCUCUCUGUCUCUGUCUCUCUCUCUCUCCCUCUCUCUGUCUCCCUCCCUCCCUCCCUCCCUCCCUCUCUGUCU